GUGCAGCUGAUAGAUCCUGAACUCUGCGUGUGAUUGGACAGUCAGAGCACUGAGAGGUGAAAGUGAUGGCUCAUAAGGUCCGGGUACAGGAGGUUCUGCUGAAGGCUCUGGAGGAGCUGAACGCUGAGGAGCUGAAGAGGUUCCAGUGGCACCUGGUUCAGGGGGUGCUGGACGGAAAGCCCCCCAUGGCGAAGGUGAAGGUUGAGGGGGUGUCGCUGGACGAGACAGUAACUCAGCUGAUGCAGUUUUAUGAUGAUAAGGUAGCGGUGAACGUUACCAUGACGGCGCUCAGACGCAUGAAUCAGAACCAGCUGGCCCGACAACUGGACCAGGUUCUGAUCUCAGGAAUCUUCCAGAAGCGUAUAGAGGGGAAUCCUGGAGACGACCUCUUCCCCACAGCCUGAAACCUCGCUGAUGUCCCCAUAAAGCAGCAUAAACCAGUCAAUCAAUAAAACACAGUUUAAUCAAUAAACCUGUAAAUCAAUAAACACAGUUUAAUCAAUAAACCAGUGUUAUAUUAAUAAACACAGUUUAAUCAGA